AUGGGCAGGAAGAGAAGGCGUCAGCAGAAAGAUGACACAGAGAAUCAGCUGGAAAAGAAGAGGCAACACAUCGAAGUGCUACCGGAAGGUGUCCACCAUUACGAGCAUAUAAAUCAAGUCCCCUUAGAGGUACAGCACUACUUCCGUCAACGGCACAAUAUUUGGUCCAAAUACGACGAUGGUGUCUGGAUGACAGACAACGCUUGGUAUGGAGUAUCACAGGAGUUGGUUGCUGCUAAAAUUGCGCAACAUGUGGCUCUCAUGACGCCGGACAACAAGUCCAUCCUGAUAGAUGCCUUCUGUGGAGUGGGAGGUAACACGAUUGCCUUUGCACUAUCCGGUCGUUGGAAGAGGGUCUAUGCGAUUGAAAAGGAUCCUGCUACUUUAGAAUGUGCUAGGCGGAAUGCUGAGAUCUAUGGUGUGAGGGACAAGAUUACCUGGUUUCUGGGGAAUUGCUUUGAGCUGCUGGGACCUGGGGAGAAAGCUGUGAGCGGACUGAGGGAGCUCGUGGCUGAAUAUGGAAUCAUAUUUGCAAGCCCACCAUGGGGCGGACCAGGCUACAAGUUGGACGAGGUCUUCAACCUCAAUACAAUGCAGCCAUAUUCGCUUGAGCAUAUCUUCAAUGAGUUCUCCAGUUUCACCAGGUGUAUUGUACUUUACCUACCCCGGACCAGCGAUCUCAGUCAGAUCGCAGCAUGUGUCGAAGAGGGAAAGAAAGGCCAGGUUGUUCAUUACUGUACAAAAGCAAGUAGCAGGGCGUUAUGUGCAUACUUGGGGGACUUUGCGAAACUGCCACCAGCUGCCUGA